ACUCACCUCUCCUCCAUUAAAUCCUAAAUCCACGUUCUGUUCGGAGGAUUCAGUCUAAAUUCAAGCAAAAUAGAAAGGAAAUUCCAGUUGAUCGUCAUCAACUUCCUUUUUCCUUUUUCUUCUGUCUCUCUCUGCCAUGAUUUUUGAUAUCUGAUUUUCGAACGGUGAAAGCUUGUAACGCUAUGGAGGGUAUCAACAAAUUGCCUGACGAGGUUGUUCUGUACAUCAUCUCCUUACUUCCCCUGAAAGAUGCAGUUAGAACCUCUGUUUUGUCAACAAGGUGGAGGUAUCUUUAUGCUUCAAUUCCUACUCUUGAAUUUGAUUUCCUAGCUACUCCGGUGGAGAGUCAUGGGGGUUUCAUGGAUUUUAUCGAUAGGCUACUCAUUUUCCGUGACAGAUCUCCUGUAGACAAAUUUCGUCUCAGCUGCUUUUAUUCACAAGUUGUUGAUCCUUUGCACCUCCAAAGGUGGAUAUGUGCUGUAAUUAGGUUUGGUAUUCGAGAGAUUCAAAUUCGUUUUGAGGAUUCUGAAGAUGUGCUGCUGCCGAGUGAUUUAUUUACUUGUACCACAUUGGUGACUCUGAAAUUAAAUUUUCACUCUGAGUCUGGUUUCCAAGUUCCUGCAAAAGUUUGUCUUCCAAGUCUAAAGUUAUUUUGGAGAGCAUGAUGACUGCAAAUUAAUUGUUUCUAGUUCUACACUCAAGAGGCUGACAAUAAAAUCCAUAAGCUAUGAGGACUGUAACAGUUUCGAGAUUGUGAUUAAUGCCCCAAAUCUUGUCUACUUAAAAUACACUGGUUGCGAAGCAAACUCUCAUGUAUUUGUGAAUGUGCAGUCUCUUACCGAAGCCCAUAUAAAUUUUCAGAGAUAUUCGUCGGAACAGGAUUAUUUUUUUCCUGCUGGUGGUCUGUUGACAGGGAUAAGAAACGUUCAGACACUUU